AUGGCCUCGGCCGGCGACCCAACGCCGGCGGGCGGCCCGGGCAGCGCAGAGAAGCUCAGCCCGUCCGCGGUCAACCGCAUCCUCAUGGAGGUGCUCGCACACUUCGGCCGGGCCAUGGUCGUCUUCUACCCGGUGUACCUGACCGGCUACCUGGGCCUCAGCAUCAGCUGGGUGCUGCUGUGCCUGGUGAUGGCCACCUGGUGGAAGAAGAACCGCCAGCGGAAGGACGCGCGCUUCGGAACCGCCAUCGAGUUCGUGGACAACGAGACCCACGUGAUCAACAAGGAGCUGCUGGGUGGUCUGCAGAUGGCAACAUGGGUCCAUUUCAAGGAUGUUGAGAAAGUGGACUGGGUUAACAAGGUGUUGGACCAGGCCUGGCCUUUCUUUGGGAUGUACAUGGAGAAGCUCCUGAAAGAGAACAUCCAGCCGGCUGUCAGGCUCUCCAACCCCGCGCUCAGAAUGUUCUCUUUCACUAAAGUCCACUUUGGACACAAACCUCUCAGGAUCACUGGGAUUCAAGCCUACACCCAUGAAGUGGAUCAGAGGGAGGUGGUUCUGGACAUGAACGUAAGCUAUGACGGCGAUGUGGACAUCGACACUGUGGUGAAGCCGCCCGUCACAGCCGGCGUCAAAGGCCUUAAGCUCGAGGGGAUGCUGAGGGUCAUUCUGGAGCCUCUCAUUGGUGAAGCACCACUAGUGGGAGGAGUCACCUUCUUUUUCAUCCGCCGCCCGACCCUACAAAUCAACUGGACGGGUAUGACCAACUUCCUGGACAGUCCUGCCUUCAGUUCGUUGUCUGAGGAAACCAUCGUGGACAUCAUCGCCUCGCUCAUGGUGCUGCCGAAUCGCAUGUGCAUUCCUCUCAUAGACCAGGUCAAAGUGGACCAGAUGAGGUUCCCACUACCCCGAGGCGUGGUGAGGGUCCACCUGCUGGAGGCCAGAGACCUGGUGGCGAAGGACACGUACAUGUUGGGUUUAGUCAAAGGCAAAUCAGACCCCUACGCCACGCUCCGAGUCGGCAACAGUCAUUUCAAAAGCGAGACCAUCAAAGAGAAUUUGAACCCAACAUGGAAUGAAAUGUUUGAGUUUGUUGUCCAUGAGGCGCCGGGGCAGGAGCUGGAGCUGGAGGUGUUUGAUGAGGACACAGACAAAGAUGAUCGCCUCGGAGUGUACAACCUUGAUUUUGGACAAGUGAAGAAGGAGAAGGAAAUGGAUCAGUGGUUUCCUCUGGAGGGCGUCGAGAAUGGAGAAGUUCAUCUCAGGCUCCAGUGGUUUUCACUUGGCACUGACCUCAGCCUGCUCAGUGAGUCUGCAGAUGGCAGUGCCUGCGCGAUGCUCGCGGUGUACCUGGACAACGCCUCCAACCUGCCUAAAGACCAAAGUGAGUUCACCGACAAUCAAAAGCACGGGAAGCACUCGAAGGAAGCUCGGCUCACCAGGAGAACUCCCGAUCCCAACUCCUUUGUGGAAUUUUCCGUUGAUAAGGAAGUUCAGAAAAGCAAGGUUGUGUUUGCGUCCAAAGACCCAGUGUGGGAGGAGGGCUUCACCUUCUUUGUGCACAAUGUGAAAACACAGCAGCUUUCUUUGCAGGUGAAGGAGCCUGAGAAGAAGACUCCGCUUGGCGUCCUGAACCUGCCCCUGACUCGCCUCCUCCACACCGCAGAGAUGAGUCUGGACCAGCGCUUCGUGCUGGAGCGCUCUGGAGCAAACAGCCAGAUUAAGCUGAAGGCCACUCUCAGGGUUCUUACUAAGGACAUGCCUCCACCCAAGAUUAUCCCCAGUCCUCCCCCACAAGUCAAUCAACAAAAUGCACAGGCCAACCAAGGGGGUGUGGCCUCUGCCUCCGCCGCUGCCUCCUCCGCUCCAGGAGUUUCCAACAACAGCAAUCCUGCCGCCAAAGCUUCAUCUUCCAACCAAGCAGCUGAUUCCCCGAGGGUCCCCAACGAAGAUUAUUUUGCUCACCGCCGCGGCUCCACAGCCAACGAAGCUGUGCGGCCGCCACCCACCCCGUCGAACAUGCGCCGGUACGACUCCCACAGCCUGCUGUCGGAGAACUCCAUCUCCUCGUCGCGUUUCGACAUCUCGGACGGGGCCUCGUAUCCAGAGGCGCUAAGGACACAUCAGGGUUCAUUUGGGGAGAUCCACCUGACUGUGCGCUAUGCCUCCCUGAGGAACAAACUCAUCGUCCUGGUUAAUGCUUGCAGGAACCUGUUCCCCUGCAGUGAGAGCGGCACAGACUCGUAUGUCCGCCUGUAUUUUCUCCCUGACCAAACCUGGAGACACCGCAAGACGACACAUGUCAAGAGGAAGACAGUCAAUCCCGUCUUCAAUGACAAGUUUGAAUUCGACGUGCCACUUCCGGAGGCGCAAACGCGGAAGUUGGACGUGUCGGUGAAAAACAACAAAAUGUUCCACACACGGAAGAGAAAGGACAUCGGCAUGGUAUUAAUAGAUCUUUCCCAAAUAGACCUGGUCAAAGGCACCACAGAAUGGUACGAGCUGUCCCUGCCUGGGCUGAAGAGACCCAGCUGAAGGGUGGAACCACAACACAGACCAAUCUGAAUAUUCCUCUGUCUUCCUUAUCACCACUGCUCAGAUGAAGGUUCUCCAAAUGCAGCACCACCGUCCGUCUCAGAUACUGGACAUGCUCGGUAUUUACAUGUCAAAGUCUGUAUAGUCACAGGCACGCACUGUAUAUUUGUAAUAUUCCAAGCUCCAAACCUACU